GGCCACGGCUGCUUAUUUGGGAUGCACUGGAGUGAACACGAAUCACUUGCGUGUAAGAGAGAAUCACGGUGCCAAGCUAGUGGCUACAGUGGCUAAUUUGGUCAGUACUGACAACUGAGUGAAGAAGCUCUUGCGUGUGAGAGAGUAUCACAGCGCGAAUCUUGUGGACACGGCGGCCUCUUACCUGUGCAAUAUUCCUUUGUAAGCAUCUCAUCUGUUUUAGAUAAAAAGGGGUUGUAGCCCUGCUCCAUUAAAAGCAUAACCGAAGAAGCAGCAUUAGGGUGUUACCUGCGCAAGAGUAGUUCGCAGUUUCUAGAAAGAAAAUAAACACCACUGGAGCUGAACAGCAGCUUGACCAGGGAACCUACUGGUCGAGCCAGUUGGUGUAUUCAGUCAGUGACCGGCCGGCGGCGAGCUUAGUCGGAUGAAAGCAAAUAAGCAAUACCAGGCAAUCCUCUGAUCACUGGUGCUGGGUGCACCAAAUCUGCUCUCCUGAAACUAGUGCUUUUCUCCCGUGUACGACCAAAUCUGGUUCUCUUGGAAGGAAUUCUGGAAGCGCACAUAUGUUGAACAGCACCACCAAACACACCAAAUACUUAUCUAGCAUAACCAAAUAGAAAUAGUGUACUUGCUAGCAGAAUGGAAAUCCAAUGCCCUAAGUUGUUUUAUAUGUGUAUCUGUAAUCCUCUAUAGUGUACCAAUUUUGAACAUUGAAUCUACAUUUCUUUCUCUAUCAUCGUGGCACCCUAAAAUUGAUAUACCAACAAGGCCUUGGCUUGCGUGGAAAGAAGCAAGCAAAGUAUGGGCGGGGUCCGGCCACCCUUGUUCUAAGGAGGGUAUGGAGAUAUUUUAUGCCGCCACUACAAUCACCCUUGGUAGCAAGCUCCGUGGCUUGACGGGAGGAAGCCCAUUGAGAUUGUCCCUCUCCUCUAUGCCUCUUCCAAGAAUAUGAUUUGAAGGUCUUGCAAGCAAUGUAUGAAGACGCUUGUGUUGGGUUGCGAAAAUUGACUUGACACGUCCUUUUACCACUGACCACCUCUCCCAGUUUGUUGAGCUUUGGUCCCUUAUCGUGAAUGUUUAACUUCACCAAGACUUCGAGGAUGGCAUCACUUGGAGACUCACUUCAAAUAGCCAAUAUUGAACCAAAUCGGUUUAAGAGAAGCAAUUCUUGAAUCCUAUUCAUAGGGCCAGAUGCCCUGAAAGUAAGGUUCUUCACUUGGUGUGUAAACCAAAAUUAUAUUUGAACGACAGAUCGCUUUUUACUACGAGUGGAUGCAAAACAGGGCCAGAUUUAGGUCUGGCUAGCAAAUAGGUCCCCAUGUUGGAGAUGCCCUCGCCACUGUCCAAGUCGGCCAAAGCCAGGCCUUCACCAGUCGCUCCUCCCUCACCAUCUGUUGCUGCCGCUACAGAUUCUUACCGAGUCACCGGCCACCACCGCUCCCUGGCACCGCUUGCCUCCUCAUGCUUCCAAUCCCUUGUCGUCUGAACUCUGAAGUCAGGCCGUCCCUGCCCGGUGGUCGCCUCUUCCCUCUGGUGCUAGCGCUGCUGCUAGCCUGAAAUUCCAGUUCCUUCGCCUCUCGGCGCGUGGGUUGCCAGUGCUAUCAGCCGUGCCAUACCAUUGCAGCCCAGCAACGCAUUGAGCACAUUACCCUCCACACUACACAUUCAGAAUUUGAAUAGUUUACUAGUUCUACGUAGGUCAGGAUGGUGUGUUAACUGCAAUUGCAACUAAACAUCGAUCGUCCAUGAGUAUGAUUUGACAGGCACAACUUUCUAAGGAGAAAUGGUCGAGGUAGAGCAGCCGAUGGAAAAUCAUGCAGCAAGCAUCAGCCGCAUCACAUCAGAUGUCCUACACGAGAUCCUUCUCAGGCUUCCGAUCAGCUCUCUCCUUAGAUUCCUCAGAACAUGCCACCAAUGGCGCGACGUAAUCCUCGACCCUUGCUUCGUCAUGGGACACGCUAGUCGUGCACCUGAGCACCUUCUCCUCUUCCUGCCUAGAGUGGAUGCUUCAGCCAGCCACAAGAUUGGCAUGCCUGGCCGUGUAAAGCUCUUCGACGAGAAAUGGUCCGUGUCAACAUGGGCAGCGUCAUCCAUGGAACAUGACGACCACCUCUUCGCAUCUUGCAACGGCCUGCUCUGCUUCUACAGGAAGUACACGCUGAAGAUCGUCAACCCCACGACCGGCCAAUCCCUGCAUCUCUCGAAACCGGAUGGGAAACUGUUCCGUGACCUGUACUACCUGUACAGCUUCGGCUUCCACCCAGCGACAGGGGAGUACAAGCUCAUAUACUUCCACCAUGAGCCCCGACAAGGCAGGUCGUCAGGGCAGCCGUUCUGCUUCGACAGCAUCCAGGUGUACACCCUCGGAGAAGACAGGUGGAGGGAGAUCAGAGCACCAAAAGAGAGCUGCCUGGUGAACCUUGGAGUCGUCAACGUGGAUGGCGCGAUGUACUGGAUCACAGAAGAGGAAGGGACGUGCUGCGGCGUGGCAGUCAUGAGGUUCGAUCUCAAGGACGAGACCUUCACAACCUUAAGGCCUCCGCCGCUCAAGGCUUGCGAGGCGAUAGACGCGCCUUGCGAGGCCCCCGACCGCUCUUACUACGUAACCGAGGUGGACAAGAAGGUGUGCCUGGUGACUGUCCCGUUUAACUGCAGCGCUCCCCGGUGGCGCCGCUACAAUGCGGAGGUUUCAGGAAGGAUGGACGUUUGGAUGCUCGAGAGUCCCACUGAAGAUAGGUGGUUUCUGAAGUACAACAUCGAUCUGCCGUCCUCCGCUCCGCGGUUCGUCCCUCAGCCAUGCUUCAUCCGCGGGGAGAAGAUCUUGCUGCACGAUCGCGAGGGUGAUGCAUUCUGCCAAGAUCUGCAGGGCGACGGCAUGCAGAUCGAGGAGUGCAGUGAGGUGAAACUGCUAAACUUCAGGCCUCACAGGUACUACGAGACGCAGUCCUACCUGUACAAGGAGACCCUUGUCCCGUUGGAUGUGUACGCCGGGGCGGCCAUUGUUCGCGCGCCGCACUGGCCUCUCGCCCCACCUGGUUUUACUGAUCGUAUUAGGUUGCAGCAAGAUCCUCUAGUUUAA